AUGUCAACUGAAAUACCCCAAAAACGCAAUCCUGAUGACUCGAUGGUGUCGACUUGGCGCCACGAUCGAUCCAAGUGGACAAUAUGGCAUUGGAUGAUUGAACUUUUAGGACUGCACCUCAUUGAAUUUGACAAGGACGCACCCAUAUUUUCGAAGAAAGAUAAGAUACCUGCUGUGCGAGAAUGGUCUCUUCAUUUGUGGAUUCUUCUACACGCUGCAGUCCCUCUUGUCAUUCACCAGACCUACACGAACUAUACUGGCAAGAAUCUGGGUUUGAUCACUGCUUUUGCGUUAUAUUCCACAUCCUUCAAGCUCAGUGGAAUACACGAAGUGCAUAUUAUGCGACGGCUGGGGCAGGUCUACGGAUUUUUGGACGGUGAUAAGCAUCCACGGGAUGAUAUUCCUGAUGUUGGCGUAGGAAAAGUCAUGCGGGAAUUAAUUUCUACUUCCACCUUUCGCAUGGUAAUGGCUAUUUUUAUCGCAUAUCGACAAAAUGAGACACCUGCAUCUCUACAGUGGAGGUGGCUGCCUCUGGAGAUAGGUCUCUAUAGUAUCACAGUUGACUUUUGGUUCUAUUGGUAUCACCGUCUGAUGCACUCGGUUGGUCCUCUGUGGAAGUUUCACCGAAAACAUCAUCUGACCAAGCAUCCACAUCCACUACUCUCUGCAUAUGCCGAUCACGAGCAAGAGUUUAUGGAUAUUGCUGGCAUUCCUCUUCUCGCUUAUACAACCCUCAAGUUUCUAUGUCUACCCAUGGGAUUUUACGAAUGGUGGAUCUGCUAUCAAUAUAUCGCCUUCUCAGAAAUCAUCGGACAUAGUGGACUUAGAAUCCAUGGGGGUGCCCCUUCUACUGUGAAUUGGCUAUUGGAAGUUUUUGAUGCAGAACUGGUGAUAGAAGAUCAUGAUCUCCACCACCGCUAUGGCUGGAGAAAAAGCCAUAACUACGGGAAGCAAACGCGUCUCUGGGACAGGAUUUUUGGUACCUGUCAUGAGCGGAUUGAAAGCUUGAAAAAUAACGUGGAUUAUUCAAACCGUGUUACAAUCCCGCUAUUUUGA